UAGAGCAGCAGCAGCUAUGACGCAUGGUUUUUUCAGUCUGAUCUGAUUCCGAAGUCUUCUUGUUGACAAAGUCUGAGUUUAAACUUUUAGUUUAUUCUUUUAAAAUUUCAACAAAUUAUUAUCUUCUAUACACAUCUUCGAAUCUAAAAAGUGCACUAUCAAUUAGAAAAUGUCGGAGGAGCAACGACAAAAAGAGUCUGAAGUGGUCCAAGAAUUCAAACUUGAACAAGAUAACGAGCUUCGUUUUGAAGUUGAAAGCAAAGAAAAAGUCACAUUAGAGUUGAAAUCUGGACUGGCAGAAGUAUUUGGAACAGAAAUUGUCAAAGGAAAAGUGUACAGUUUUGGUGGUGGUUCCAAGAUCGCUGUUUUCACAUGGCAAGGUUGUCUUUUAGAACUGAGAGGGAAAACAGAAGCGGCUUAUGUGGCAAGAGAAACUCCAAUGAUUAUUUAUCUCAAUACACAUGCUGGAUUAGAACAGAUAAGGAAGAAAGCUGAUGCUGACGAGACUAAAAGAGGCCCUAUAGCCAUGAUCGUUGGUCCAACAGAUGUUGGAAAAUCAACAGUUUGCAAGUUGCUUUUGAACUAUGCAGUGAGAAUGGGUAGAAGGCCUAUAUAUGUUGAUUUAGACGUUGGCCAGGGACAACUUUCCAUUCCAGGCACUAUUGGUGCAAUGGCAAUUGAACGUCCUGCUGAUGUUGAAGAAGGAUUUUCCCAAGUAUGCCCACUAAUAUACCACUAUGGGUACAAAGAACCUGGGAGUAAUGUAAUGCUGUACAAUUUACUUGUCACCAAAUUAGCCCAAACAGUUGCAGAGAGAAUGGAAGCAAAUCGACAGAAUGCUGUUAGUGGAGUAAUAAUCAACACAUGUGGCUGGGUAAAGGGCCAAGGGUAUCAAAUGCUUAUUCACGCAGCCAAAGCGUUUGAAGUUGAUCUAAUAAUCGUCCUUGACCAAGAGCGACUUUACAACGAACUAGUGCGUGAUUUACCUGAAACCGUGAAAGUUGUAUUUCAACCCAAAAGUGGCGGAGUUGUGGAACGGAGUCGGCAGGCAAGAGUAGAAUCUCGAGAUCAGAAAAUUCGCGAAUAUUUCUACGGAUCAGCAGCCCAGUUUUAUCCACACUCAUUUGAAGUGAGAUUUUCAGAUGUUAAAAUAUUUAAAAUUGGUGCGCCGGCCUUACCGGAUUCAUUAAUGCCUCUGGGAAUGAAAGCAGAAGAUCAACUUACGAAAUUAGUCACUGUUCAACCAAGCCAGCAAUUAUUGCAUCAUUUGAUUUCAAUUAGUAUGGCUGAAUCCGGGGAAGAUGAUAUUAUUCAGACCAACGUCACUGGGUUUAUUUGUGUGAAUAACGUGGAUUUAGAACGGCAAAUGCUUACGGUGUUGUCACCUCAGCCUCGACCACUACCUCGAACCCGAUUGCUUUUAUCCGACAUUCAGUACAUGGACUCCCACUGACCCUAUAAAUUGAACGAACAAUACAAAUUCUUGACAACCUU